UUUCGGCAACCCAUUUUCCCUCAUUCGUCAACAAAUUUUUUUUAAAGCAAAAAUAUAUUUAAUAAAAGAGAAUAUUUUGUGAGUGAUUUUCAGAGGAAAUGGCGACCAAAGUGUACAUUGUAUACUAUUCCAUGUAUGGACAUGUGGAAAAACUUGCAGAGGAGAUAAAGAAAGGGGCUGCAUCUGUUGAAGGUGUUGAAGCCAAACUAUGGCAGGUCCCUGAGACUCUAUCAGAAGAGAUUCUGGGAAAGAUGAGUGCACCACCAAAAAGUGAUGUACCAAUCAUUACACCUAACGAUCUUGCUGAGGCUGAUGGGUUUAUUUUUGGCUUUCCAACGAGAUUUGGAAUGAUGUCUGCUCAAUUCAAAGCAUUUCUUGAUGCAACUGGAGGCCUAUGGAGAACUCAGGGACUUGCUGGAAAACCUGCUGGGAUCUUUUAUAGCACUGGAUCUCAAGGUGGCGGACAAGAGACUACAGCGUUGACUGCAAUUACUCAGCUUGUUCACCACGGGAUGAUAUUUGUUCCCAUUGGAUACACCUUUGGUGCCGGCAUGUUUGAGAUGGAGCAAGUGAAAGGUGGAAGUCCCUAUGGUGCAGGAACCUAUGCUGGAGAUGGAUCAAGAAUGCCAUCUGAACUUGAGUUGGCACAAGCUUUCCACCAAGGAAAGUACAUUGCUGGCAUCACAAAGAAACUCAAGGCAGCUGCCUGAUUUCAGUUUACUACAAAAGUCACAAUUUGUCCUUUCAUUUUUUUUCUCUUCCCUCUCUGGAAUUCCAAUUUCCUAUAUUCUACAAGUUUGCAAAACAAUAAUUCUUCGUGCAUUGGCUAUAUGCUUAUACUUGUGUUGUACCCUAAAUAGGUUUCCAUUAAUGGUAAAGCUUGCUCAUUUAUCUGUACUAUUACUCGUCCGGCGCGACGGUUCUUAAAUGUAAUUUGGAUCUUUGCUCUUUCCAAUCCUUUAGCCGGAUGACGAAGUAGAUGAAAUUGGGUGGAUUGAACCUAAUAUUGACCUAAAUUUUCU